ACCCCUAAAAAACGAGUCUAAUUGUCUAUUCCACGUGGUUGGAAAACUCUCUCUCUCUCUCUCUCUCUCUCUCUCUCUACUUUCCUAACACACUGUCCUUUUCACUUUCUCUCUCUCUUCAUCUUAUUUUUGUAUUUUUCUCACAUCACCAUGUAUAUAUAUUAAGUACAUUAUUCUCACCAAAGGAUCUCAUUACCAUUGUUCUCAAGUACAAAACUUAGCUACUUACUUCCAUUUUUCAUCAUCAAUCACCAUUUCAAACACUACCAUAUUUAUCUUUAACCCCACUACAGAUUCUGAAACUAUUUCUCUGUUCCUUUCUUCUUCUUCUUCUUGAUUCUUCAGGACUAUAGAUUCCACAAGUACAUCAUUCAUAAGAUUGGUUUUGUUGUCAUAUGGGGAUAUCUUUUUCAUGUCCAUUUGCAAACUACAAUGAUGUUGAAGAUGACAUAGAUUCCAUGGUUGUAAAAUCCAUCAACUUUGGCAAUGAUGAAAUCAAAACACCAGUAAGAUCAAUCAGUUUCAAAAGUGAAGAUUUAGAACCUACCGUCCUUAAAUCUGUAGGUUCUGGAAAGAUGACAAUUGAAACAUCUGUGAGCUUUAAAAGAAAUGAUUUUGAUAACAUUUUAUCAACAAACACACUUUCAUUUGACAAAGAAAAUAACAAUAACAUGUUGAUUAGCAAAAAGAGUAGCGAAUUCGAUGAUUUGUCUAUUAAGUCAGAACGUCAAGAAGUGGAAUCAAUUCAAUCAGCACUUAUGAAUCCAAACAGCCCUAAACACAUUGCUGCGCUUAAAUUGCAGAAAGUAUAUAAGAGCUUUCGUACAAGGCGAAAGCUAGCAGAUUGCGCAAUUCUUGUUGAACAAAGCUGGUGGAAGCUCUUAGAUUUCGCUGAACUCAAACGCAGUUCUAUAUCUUUCUUCGACAUUGAGAAACAUGAAACCGCGAUUUCACGUUGGUCUAGAGCUAGAACUAGAGCUGCUAAGGUUGGAAAAGGUUUAUCUAAAAAUGAGAAAGCACAAAAACUUGCUCUGCAGCAUUGGCUCGAAGCGAUUGACCCACGACAUCGCUAUGGACAUAAUCUACACUUUUAUUAUGAUAAAUGGCUUCAAUGUCAGAGCCGAGAACCCUUCUUCUACUGGUUAGAUAUAGGAGAAGGAAGGGAAGUAAAUCUCGAGAAGUGCUCUCGAUCUAAACUUCAACUACAGUGUAUUAAAUAUCUCGGUCCGAUGGAAAGGUUCGCUUAUGAAGUUGUCGUGGAGGACGGGAAAUUCUUCUACAAGCAAUCAGGAGAGCUUCUCCACACCGCUGCAGAAGACGCGCAUGCGAAGUGGAUUUUUGUCUUAAGCACUUCUAAGUCAUUGUAUGUUGGAAAGAAGACAAAAGGUUCAUUUCAGCAUUCUAGCUUCUUGGCUGGAGGGGCUACAUCUUCUGCCGGAAGAUUGGUGAUUGAAAAUGGUGUCUUGAAGGCAGUUUGGCCUCACAGCGGUCAUUACCGACCAACCGAAGAAAACUUUAAGGAGUUUAUUUCAUUCCUUCAAGAGAACAGUGUGAACCUUUCAGAUGUCAAGAUGGAUCCAGUUGACGAGGUUGACGAAUUCCGUUCUUCUAGAAGCAGUGGUCAUCUUAGAAACCACUCAUCUGAAGAGGACUACGCUGAGAACAUAAACGGUGUGGUGAUUGAAGGGACUGGUGUCCAAGACUUGCUUUUGAAGAAGGUUGAUUUGAUAGAAACCGAAAGCCAGCCUGCAUUGAUUGCUUCCGGCACAAGGCAGUUCCAAAUACUUGGAAGAAAACUGGCCAAUCUUCAAAUACCGAAAAGGGAUCUAGUGGUUGAAGGACUUAAAAAUGAGAACGAAAGUACCACACAAACUUACCCGAGUUCCCAAAUGGAAUCUCUUACGAGUAGUGGUGAAGAAACAGAAGAAGCACUUGUAUCAGAGCUAGAUCGUACAGUUUCAAAGAAAAACUUCGAUGAUGACGAUGAUAUAGAAAUCAUUCCAGAAGAGUCGAUACUUAAAAGAAUCAACUCGCAUAAAGAAACAAAAUCAUAUCAACUAGGGAAGCAGUUAUCUUUCAAAUGGACAACCGGAGCUGGACCACGCAUUGGCUGUGUAAGGGAUUACCCUUGCGAACUCCAGUUUCGAGCAUUAGAACAAGUUAAUCUGUCUCCAAGAAGCGGAGCACGCACCAAAUCGUCCUUCACUCUUAGGAGCACCAGUAGUUUGAACUCGAAUUCAUGCCUUUCAAGUUUAAGUGGCGAAACAGAAACCGAACCACUACUCGUCGAAAAUAAAAGUAUGUCUCAAAGAUCAGAAUUCUCUCCAUUGAUGAGAGGAACAUCAGUGAUACCAGUAAUUCAUAUGACUCAUGAAUGAAUAGGAUUCAUUCUCUCCAUUAAUUUAUUCUUUUUGUGUGAAUAGGUAACAACUAUUAAUUUUUGUUGUUAUUCUUUCCAAUAUUAAAGUAUUACAUAGGCAUUCUUUUUUUUUCACUCAUGUAUAAUCUAGUAUGAAUAUUAUUGUAAAAUAACUUAAGGGUCUAUAUUUACUAUUCCCUCAAUCAAAAGGAAAUAUUUCAUUUCCAACAUGGGACAAGUUUACUCAACUCAAAAGAUACUGCAAGAUUCCUUGAUUCAAAAUACAUCACAUUUAUAUAUUGAAGGUUUAA